ACUUUCUAUUACAAUGUGCAAUGCUCCGCUUGGCUUCACCUUCCACUUCUGGCCACGAACAUUAUAUUUUUGGGUGACAAUUGCCUUGAAAGAGAAUUAAUGUGCAUUGGAAGACAGUAGGGGAGGGGACAGCUCAGGUUCUUUUUUCUGAAUAAAUACAGAAUGUGGACAGUGAGAUGUUCUCUUACCUUCUUUCUAACUGGAGCUCAGACUGCAGAGGCCAUAGCAAGUGCAGCUACCACUAAAGAUCCCUCAUCUCUAGUCCAGUUAUCAUAUAGUAUGGAAGAAGAGGAGUUUUUUGGAGAACAAACAUUCCAGCAUUAUUGUAAAGAAUUUAUCAAACAUUCACAGCAGAUAGGUGAUGGCUGGGAAUGGAGAACUUCAAAGGACCAUUCUGAUGGAUACAUGUGCAAAACGCAUUUUCAAAUUAAAAAUGGGACAGUGGUGUCACAUCUAGGGGCAUCUGCCCAUGGACAGACGUGUCUUCCCAUGGAGGAGGCUUUCGAGUUACCCCUGGAUGAUUCUGAAGUGACUGAGGCUGCAGCAGCAACCGAAGUGAUUAAAUAUGAGUAUCAUGUAUUAUAUUCCUGCAGCUACCAAGUGCCAGUGCUUUACUUUAGGGCAAGCUUUUUAGAUGGGAGACCUUUAUCUCUGAAGGACAUAUGGGAAGGGGUCGGUGAGUGCUACAAGACGCGGCUGCAGCAGGGGCCCUGGGACACUAUUACCCAACAGGAGCACCCCAUCCUGGGCCAGCCCUUCUUCGUCCUUCAUCCCUGCAGAACCACCGAGCUCAUGAGUCCUGUGGUAAAGAAUUCUCGGAAAAUCAAUAGGAACAUCAACUACAUCACGUCUUGGCUGAGCAUUGUCGGGCCAGUCGUUGGGCUGCCUCUACCUCUGAGCUAUGCCAGAGCAUCCUCUCAGGACGAGUGAAAUGUCGGUCUUCAAGAGUCUGCCCUUGAGCCAGGGAGCUUAGAAAUGGCAGCAGGAAGAACACUGAGAGUCUAUGUGCCCACCCUUGUUUUGAUAGCUCUGCUGUCGUGAGUUUCCAGCUCACCAAGAUUUUAAGAUGGAUUUUUUUCCCUUGGAAGCAAACAUCUGCAGCAGCUGAUAAACCGUGUAUUUAGGAGGAGUAACUCAAAGACACAAAUCAAUAUAAAUAGCAGAAGAGUGACUCUAACUCAAUGAAGGAAAUACUGACAUCAUUA